ACUGAGGGUUUCUCUUUGUGUUGCCUUUCUUGACGGUAAAAACAGGGUAAGGAAGAAACAGAGAGAUGGGAGCAGUGGAGGUGCUGACCAGUUCCUGUGUCAUCACCUGGAGCGAGUGAUGCAAAAUCCAAAGGUGAAGCCAAGGAAGGCAGGAAUGGGAGAAAACUCAGUGGAGAAGAAAAGGAACAAGCAGACACUGUAUCGGGCAGGUCAGGCUGCCCGGCAUCGGCUGGGAAGGUCUCCGGCAUCCAAUCCAUUCAUUACAGGAAGAUCUGGCACAAGACAGCCCAAGCAUAGAAAGCAAGUUGGUCAUGCAAAUCAAAAGGAAGAAGACAAGCCAAACACUGGCGGGAAACAGGAGGACAGUAAAGGACAAGGUCCUUUCUUCUACGUUGGAGGCACAAGUGGAACUUCAUUAAUUGCCGCCUUCUGCAGGGACAAGGGCUGGAAGCAAAUUCUGGACAGCGACCGAAAUGACUGCUACUUUAAAUGGUCUGAUGCUAAAAUAGUUUCCAACUACCAAAACUUUCAAGAAGGUAAACAGAUGGUGAAUCAAAUCCCAAACAACAGUGUCCUGACCAGCAAGUUUGGCCUCUGUUCUUCACUCAAAAACAACGAACGUAUAAUGAAUAAAUAUGGCAGGAUAACAUUUGCGAGAUUCAUGCAACUAGACGAAUUUUACCCUGAGACGUAUCGAAUGGUUAUAAAAAGUGAACGUUAUGCUUUCUACCGAGCUUUCCAAGAAGGCCAGAUUUGGAUAUCCAAACCAGCAGAAUCAUCUCAGGGAAAAGGAAUCUUCCUGUUGAAGACACUCGAUGAUCUAAAAGCAUUUCAUGAAAAAUUGGAAAGCACGGAAGAGAAUCCCUAUGUCAGAAUGUGUUUCUACAAUUCUCCUAUUAAUAGAAUUGUGCAAAGAUACAUUGAUGAGCCCUUGCUCUUGGAAGGCAGGAAAUUUGAUGUCCGCUCCUACUUCCUAAUCGCCUGCAGUUCACCCUUUGUGACUUUUUUUCGCCAUGGUUAUGCCAAGCUGACCUGUAAUGAAUACAAUCCAAAUUCUGACGAUCUGACAGAUCACUUGACCAAUCAGGCCGUCCAGAAGAAGAACCCCAGGUAUAGUGGCAUGAAGGAGGACACGGUGUGGUCGAUGGAACACCUGAACGACUACAUUAAUGAGAAGUACAGGGAAGCAAAGCAGCUCCCCAAGGACUGGGUCUUCACUGAUUUUACAAAACGGAUACAGCAGAUCAUUACCCAGUGUUUCCUUGCCAGCAAGGCCAGGCUGGGUAGUAAACUGGGCUAUUUUGACCUUUUCGGUUGCGACAUCAUGAUUGAUCAGAAUUUCAAGGUAUGGUUGCUGGAGAUUAACUCAAACCCAUCUUUACAGACAAACUGUGCAGUCCUCCAAUCUGUCAUCCCCAAAGUAUUGAAUGAAGCUCUUGAUCUGGUGCUUGAAAUAUUCAAAAAAAGCAGCAGUGGACUGUACAUCAUGCCUCUUGAAGCACUGAAAGAAUUUAUCCUGUUGUAUAAUGGUUCCCCAAAAGAGCCAUUUAUGAAAACAUUUAAAGACAGGACAACAGAGAGAGCAAUGGUUCUUGAACGUCCUCAGCAAUCUGAGAAGAGCUCUCAGAUAAAGGCUGGAACGACGUUUGACCUAAAGUCAGCAGCAGAGCCUGCCUCAGUUCAGAGAAGACAGUCGCCCAGGAUUAACACCCUCCUCCAUCCAGGAACACUCCCAGAGAUUUCGCUGGUACAACAUCUAUGUUCUGCCAGUACAGGGCACGACAGUAACCUUCAGUCCAGAAAUCACUUAGCCAUAGUCUCUUUGGAUGAACGAGCUCUUCAGAAUUAUGCUCCAGAGUUUGGUCUUUCCAAGCAAAGGACGAUGGACCCGUGUUUAAGGCUAGCACUCACCAAACGACAUUCCUCCAGCCAACCCUUACAUAAGAGUUUGCAGGACAACCUCUUCACAUCUAAUGCUUCCUUUCAUUCCCUGAUCAUCACAAGGAAUCACUUAGCUCCAAGAAAGUUGCAUCCAAAUCAGCUGAGACAAAGGUUGACUCCAAAGCAAUCAGUACAUGCCCUGACCUCCUAACUGUGCAAGGAGACAUAUUUUUACAGUCAAUGUUGGAAUUAAGCUAUUGUUUUCAUAAAAGUGCUCUAAAUAAUUAAUUAGCCUGACCAGAGUUGAGUCAGAGAUAUUCAAUGUCUGACAAUGUGAAGUUAGUUACUCCGCUGUAAUAAAUAAAGUUAAAAUGUUUGUGAUACAGAUAUAACAAAGAAUAUAUUAUUAUAUUAGCUAUUUGCUCCAUUUUGUGGAAUUAUUGUCCUUUUUCUUAUUCUUUAGUGUUCUACAGAAAUGUCUGUCUUGUUAGGUUUUUGCCCUAAUAACUUAAUAGACAAAAUGCAAAUCAGCAAAGCUCUUUGCUGCGAUGUAGAGGUUAAAAACAAAAUAUUGACUGAACAAAG